AUGGCAGCAAAAAAGCAUUGGAGGAUGACUUGCCAGCUGCUUCACGAAGCAGAGGUGUCACUGCGCCAGGACACUUCUAUUGUGCUGUACAACUGUGCCAUGCUGUCAGUUGAGGAUUGGCAAAAGGCGGUGUUGCUGCUUGAAGCUGCAACGUUGCAAGAUUUGCAGCCAUCAGUGGUGAGCCUAAAUUCAUUGAUUGCAGCUUGUGCGGCUGCGGCAGCCUGGGAAAAGGCACUGCAUGUUUUCUCGAGCAGUGCAUCGUUGGAGGGCGACUUGACCUCACUGAACAGUGCCAUGACAGCCUGUCGGAAUGCCACCCGCUGGGAUGUUGUGCUGGGGCUUUUCAAGGCUCAGGGCCAUAGACUACCGAUGUCUUCGGAUGUUAUCACCUUCAACAUUAUGGCUGGUGCCUGUGCAGCAGUGCAUCAAUGGCAACAAGCCAUCACUUUCCUACAGGACAUGCUGCAACAUGCGCUGACACCAACAUCAUCAACAUUCAACACGCUUAUGACAGGGUGCGAGCAAGCCCAACAGUGGUGGCGUGCGUUUGUUCUCUAUGAGAAGAUGCAACAUCUUGGAAUUCAGGCUGAUGCCACCACCCACGGUACUUUGCUGUCCGCAAUGGAGCGUGCCAACCACUGGCAGCAUGCGGCCUAUGCUCUUUGCACGGGGGUUUUCUCUAACCGGGCCUUACUCAACGGAGUCCUGAAUGCCUCCAGCAGCAGUGGGCAGUGGGAGUUGACGCUCCAGCUGCUGCAUUCCGGACAUGAGACUGACAUGCUGAGCUUUGGCACAACAGCCCUUGCACUUGCAAAAGGACACCAUUGGCAACAUAUCGUGGCUCUUCUGGAAGGACUAGGCUUUCAGCCAAGGUCCAAAAAGACUCUGAUGCUCAAGACUUUGCAGCUCGCAUUGGAAGAAGGCAAGCCAGAUGCAGAUGACCGCUACAUUGCUGGGCCCGCUGAAGCGCCACUACUCUUGAAGCGGGCACUUCCAGCCCAUACGCCCCUCCUCAUUUUCGGAGACAGCUGGGCGGAGGGCAAUAGUGAAUUGACAUCCGGCCCGCUAGCUGGAGUCAGAGGAUGGCCCAGUCAGCUUGCGGAGCAACUUCGGCUGCGAGUGGAGGGCAAUUUCGCUAGGGGGCAGUCAGCAUCAUCAAGCCUGAUGCUGCAACUGGAGGCAGCCAAAGCUUCUUUGAGUCACCCAAUUUGGAGUGAGUGUUUGGUGAUUGUCCACUCAGGAGGCAAUGAUUUCAUCGGCGCUGAGAAGAACUACAACCCUUUUGCCCAAGGAAACUUCUGGAUCCCGCACGUAACCUUUGGCUUCCGCAAGAAAGCUUUGGAGGUCCUGUCAAACCUGGAAGCCUUUCUCAAGGCUUUGGCAGACCUGGGGUGUCAGAACUUCCUUGUGUCAGAUUUGCCUUUCACUUCUGUGGUGCCAGCGCUUCAGAUGGCUCGCCUGGCACGGGUGAACAAGCGAGGACGCUGGAUGAGCCAAGAAAUGGAGAAGAUGUUAAAGGACAUCCGUGAUUUCUUCCGACACGAAGGGCGUGAACUCCAGAUUGGGCACGUUCGUGAAGCUGAGCUUCUGAAUUUUUUGAUCGGGUCUUUGGGAAGCUGCUGUGCUCGUUGUGGCUUCUUCGUGAGUGACCUCUUCCACCCAAGCACCGAGCUGCAUGGUCACAUGGCAGAGGUCAUUGCAUCGACUGUCAAAGUUGAGCACUGUUCGAAGAAGGAUUGCAAAGAGACUUGCUCAGGUGAGAACAAUGAGCUCAUCAACCAAUCUCCGGCCAAAACCCAGUCAACUGGCAGUUUUUCAAUAUGCUAG